UCCAAAAAAAAAAAAUGCCUCCCUUGAUUGUUCUGACAGUGUUGUUGUCUCUUCUGGUUACUUGUGCUUCUGCUGCUUCUCUGAUCAGUGAUGCUCUGGUCUUAGCUUCACUAAAGAAAGGUUUUGAGUUCCCCAAUCCAACAUUAAGCAAUUGGGAUAUCUCAAAUUCGAGUUCAGUAUGCCAGUGGGCUGGAAUUCGAUGUGCUGAGGGCCGGGUUGUUGCUGUCGAUUUAACAGACUUGAAUAUCUGUGGCUAUGUUUCGCCAUUAUUUUCCAGUCUCGAUCGGCUGGUUAACCUCUCUCUUGCUGGAAACAACUUCACAGGCAACAUUGAGAUUGUGAAUUUAACGAGUCUCCGGUGGCUGAACAUCUCGAACAAUCAGUUCAGUGGUGGGUUAGACUGGGACUAUUCUAACCUGGCAAACUUGGAGGUGUUUGAUGCAUAUAACAACAACUUCACUGCUCCACUCCCACUUGGGAUUCUGAGUUUGGAGAAAAUUAAGUAUCUAGACCUUGGUGGUAACUUCUUCUUUGGGGAAAUCCCGCCGGGCUAUGGAAAUUUGGUAGAAUUGGAGUACUUGUCACUUGAAGGAAACGAUCUCCAUUGCAGGAUUCCAGGUGAGUUGGGCAAUCUUACAAACUUGAAACAGCUUUAUUUGGGCUAUUACAAUGUUUUUGAAGGAGGGAUUCCUGUGGAACUUGGCAAUUUGAUCAACUUAGUCCAUUUAGAUCUCUCAAGUUGUGAAUUGGAUGGGAAAAUUCCUCAUCAGUUGGGGAAUCUAAAGUCACUCGACACACUAUUUCUGCAUAUCAAUCUCUUGUCCGGUUCGAUUCCGAAACAAUUAGGGAACCUAACAAGUUUAGUAAAUCUUGAUCUUUCAAACAAUGGCCUUAAAGGAGAAAUCCCAUUUGAGUUUGUGAAUCUCAAAGAGCUUAGGCUUUUAAACCUGUUCAUGAACAGGUUACAUGGGUCUAUCCCAGAUUUUGUUGCUGACUUGCCAAAUUUGGAUACUCUUGCUCUAUGGAUGAACAUUUUCACAGGAGUGAUCCCUGUGAAACUUGGCCAAAAUAGUAAACUUCGAGUGCUUGAUCUGUCCUCGAAUAAGCUCACCGGCAUGAUCCCUCAAGGUCUGUGUUCUUCUAAUCAGCUCAAGAUAUUGAUUCUGCUUAAGAAUUUUCUCUUUGGGCCAAUCCCAGAGGAUUUAGGGAAAUGCUGGAGCCUUGUGAGAGUAAGAUUGGGGCAGAAUUACUUGAAUGGUAGCAUUCCUGACGGCUUCAUUUACUUGCCAGAGCUCAACUUAGUAGAGCUCCACAACAACUAUCUGUCUGGAAGUCUACUGGAGAAUAGAAACAGCAGCUCAAAGCCAGUGAAAUUAGGUGAGUUGAACCUAUCAAACAAUCUUCUUUCAGGGUCUUUACCGUCUUCAAUAUCGAAUUUUUCUUGCCUGCAAAUCCUUCUCCUUAAUGGAAACCAAUUCUCUAGCCCAAUUCCACCUUCAAUUGGGGAACUCCAUCAGAUACUUAAGCUUGAUCUCAGCCGAAACUCGUUUUCCGAUAAAAUCCCACCGGAGAUCGGAUAUUGUUCCCAACUCACCUACAUUGACCUGAGCCAAAACAACCUCUCUGGCAUCAUCCCACCAGAGAUUUCCAAUAUCAGAAUUCUGAAUUACUUGAAUUUGUCAAGAAACCACCUCAAUCAGACAAUACCCAAGUCAAUUGGGACAAUGAAGAGCCUAACUGCUGUCGACUUCUCCUUCAAUGAUCUCUCUGGUGAGUUACCAGAAUCCGGCCAAUUCGAAUUCUUCAAUUUCUCAUCUUUUGCAGGUAAUCCCCAACUCUGUGGCCCUGUCCUUAACAAUCCCUGCAAUUUCACCACAUUUAAGAUCAGACCCAGAAAAGCUCCAGGGGAUUUUAAGCUAAUUUUCGCUCUUGGGGUAUUGAUCUGCUCCCUUGUCUUUGCUACUGCUGCAAUUAUAAAGGCCAUAUCAGUCAAGAGUCGCAGUUCGUAUACAUGGAAGAUGACUGCAUUCCAGAAGGUUGGAUUCACUGUCACCGACGUGGUGGCAUGUAUUAAGGACUAUAAUUUGAUCGGAAGAGGAGGAGCUGGGAUUGUUUACGUCGGAAAAAUGCCCAACGGGGAAGAAAUCGCGGUAAAGAAGCUGCUUGGAUUCGGUAAUAACAACCAUGAUCAUGGAUUUAGAGCUGAGAUCCUCACAUUAGGCAAUAUUCGACAUAGGAAUAUUGUAAGAUUGUUGGCUUUCUGUUCAAAUUCAGAGACAAACUUGUUGGUUUAUGAGUAUAUGAGAAAUGGAAGCUUGGGAGAAGCUUUACAUGGGAAGAAAGGUGGAUUGUUGGGGUGGAGUUUGAGAUAUAAGAUAGCCAUUGAAGCUGCAAAGGGACUUUGUUAUCUACAUCAUGAUUGCUCUCCAUUAAUCGUUCACAGAGAUGUUAAGUCCAACAACAUUCUCUUGAAUUCAAGCUUUGAAGCACAUGUUGCAGAUUUUGGGCUUGCCAAGUUCUUGGUGGAUGGUGGUGCUUCGGAGUGCAUGUCAGCAAUUGCAGGUUCCUAUGGCUACAUUGCACCUGAGUAUGCCUACACCCUCAAGGUGGACGAGAAAAGUGAUGUGUACAGUUUUGGAGUAGUCCUCCUGGAACUCAUUACUAGUCGCCGGCCGGUUGGUGAGUUCGGAGACGGUGUGGAUAUUGUCCAAUGGGUGAAACAAUCAACAAAAUGCAACAAAGAAAAAGUUAUCCAAAUUGUCGAUCAAAGAUUAACCAAUGUUCCACAAGAUGAAGCAAUGCACCUCUUCUUCAUAGCCAUGUUAUGCAUCCAAGAGAACAGUGUUGAAAGGCCAACAAUGAGAGAAGUGGUUCAAAUGUUAUCAGAGUUCCCACGCCAUAACCAAAACCAAAACCAGCCUUCAUCUUCCAUCCCCCAGUUGCAACCUAAGGAACAUGAAAAGGAGAGAGAUUCCUCUCAAGUUCCACCAGAACUCUUGAUAUAGGGAACUCUGAUAGAAAGGUCUCAAAGAUUAAUUUUGAUCAGUUAUGUUGUUGCCCUUUAAAGUGGCUUGAUUUUUGUUAUAGCCUUGCAAUGUGCAAAGUCAUCUUUUUUU